UAAGCUUUGUGAGUUUAGAUAUGGAAAUAGGCAUUCGUAUCAUUGAAUAUAGUGGUAUAAGCAAAUAGAAAUGUGAUUUAAGCAAAUUAAAUGUAGUAUAUCAGCCUGAUUUCUCUCAAACGGCCAGCCACUACACAGCCUUGUUUCAAGAUUAACGGUCCAUCUUAAACCAUGCUUCACAAUAGAAUGUACAUUUUCCUUUUGGGCUUCAGUAAUUGUUUCUUUUUCAAAGUUUCUUGGUCAACAUCUGAUUUCAGCUUGGAAGGAGAUUACUUAUUGGGUGGCCUUUUCGCUUUACAUGAAAUUGAUGAUGUAACACCCAUGAUCACCCCAGAGACCACCGAAUGUUUCAGGCACAGUUCUUCAAUAUCUGGCUAUCAGAUGUUGCAAGUGAUGAGGUUUGCUGUUGAAGAAAUUAAUAAUUCCACCACUAUUCUGCCCAAUGUUUCUCUGGGCUAUGAAAUUUUUGACCAUUGUUCUAAUACAAAGAAUUUCCGUUCAGUCUUAAGUUUUAUCUCAAAUAAUGGAUCAAUAAAACCUAAAGAAAAACUCAACAACUAUCAGCCUAAAGUGAUUGCUUUAACAGGGCCAUAUGGAAGCACAAGAACUAUUACAAUUGCACCACUGAUCACAAUGGACCUUAUACCAUUGGUGAAUUAUGGAGCUUCCAGCUAUGCAUUAAGCAAUAAACUUCAGUAUCCCUCUUUUGUAAGAACAGUGCCCAGCAACAAAGACCUGAUAGAGAUGAUUAUUCACAUCAUACGAUGGUUUGGAUGGAACUGGGUUGCCUUUCUUGGUAGCCAAGACAAUUACAGUUCAGACGGACUAAAGCUGUUUAACAAGUACAUCAACAACACUGGCAUUUGUUUGGCCUAUCAAGAGGCUCUAAGCUUAAAUGCAAACUACAGUCUAACACUUAAAAAAAUUGAUAUGCUUAACAUCAAUGUCAUUGUGGUUUUCGCUGUGCCACAAUAUGCCAUCAACAUAAUCAAAACAGCCAUAUUAGAGAACAUACGAGACAAAGUAUGGAUUGCAGGUGAAACAUGGUCUAUGAAUCAACAACUUCCAAGAGAGCCAGGAAUUAUGAAUAUUGGUACAGUCAUUGGCAUUACAGAGAGAUUGUUGUCAUUACCUGGAUUUGAUAAAUUCAUUUAUAAAGACAGGGGAACAACUAAUGUUAAUUAUAAACCUGAGAGUGAAGUCAAGAGUAAUAGAAAGACAUGUAAUCAAAAGUGUGAUUACUGCACAAUGUUGACUGCAGAGGAGAUUAUAAAUGAAAAUCCCACAUUCUCCUUUGCCAUCUAUGCCGCCAUAUAUUCCAUAGCUCAUGCAUUACAUAAGGUUCUGCAGUGUGACAUGAAUAAAUGCCACAAAAACACAAUGGCUAAGCCAUUCAUGGUUCUGGGAGAAAUGAAAAAUCUGGAUUUUCCACUCAAUGGCCGUCAGGUGAAAUACGAUAAUAAUUAUGAUCCAACCAUCAGUUACGCAGUUGUGCUUUGGCACACUGAUGUAAAUUCUCCACAGUUUGAGUUGGUGGGCACAUAUGAUACAUAUCCAGAAACUAUUUUUACCAUUGACAACUCUCUUAUUCCCUGGGGAAUUAAUGAUUCUGUUCCUUUCUCAAACUGCUCUGUUGAGUGUAAGGCGGGAUUUUCAAGGCAACUUGAAGGUUUUCAUAGUUGCUGUUUUAUGUGUAAAAAAUGCCCGCGUAACAGCUAUGUGGAUUAUUCUCGGGACCCCUAUACCUGUUUUCCAUGUGCAGAGAGUGAAUGGUCUGAGGAGGGCAGCACGAUAUGUAAGACACGUUCUGUUGUCUAUCUUCAGUUCACAGAAAUCUCCUCCAUCGCUGUCAUGGUUUCUGCCACAUGCCUAAUUAUUCUCCUUUUUGCCAUAUUUUGCCUUUUCACCUAUAAUUACAACACACCAGUGGUGAAGUCUGCUGGUGGUAGCAUGUGUCUUCUUAUGUUGAUAUGUUUGAUUAUGUCUUCCAUUAGUGUAUACUUUUUUUUUGGACAACCCACAUUUGUACAUUGCCUCCUGAGAAAUGCCAUUUUUGCAUUUUUCUUCACUGUCUGCCUUUCAUGUUUGACGGUCCGUUCCUUUCAAAUUAUUUGUGUUUUUAAAAUGGCUGCUCAGUUCCCAAGGGUGCACAGCCUUUGGGUAAAGCACAAUGGACAGUGGCUCUUCAUUGCAUUUUCUUCUGCCAUUCAUUUAAUUUCUUGUGUGAUAUGGAUGACUGUCUCUCCUGACAAACCCAUCGCUGACUCAUGGACUUUUAAAGAUCAAAUUAUGCUCAUCUGUGAAAUGGGGAACACUAUAACCUUUACCAUAGUUUUGUUUAUAAGUUGGUUUCUUGGUUUCCUGUGUCUCCUGUUUUCUUACAUGGGAAGAGAUCUGCCGAAAAAUUACAAUGAGGCCAAAUCAAUAACUUUCAGUCUCAUUUUGUACUAUCUGAGCUGGAUUGUGUACUUCACAGCAUACCUCUCUGUCAAAAGCAAGUACAUCAUGCUUUUGAAUGCAAUGGCCCAGAUAUCUAGUAUAUAUGGAAUUCUCUUCAGCUAUUUCAUAAAAAAAUCUUUCAUUAUAAUAUUCCAACCUCAAAAGAACACUCCCGCAUACUUUCAAACAUCUAUUCAGAAUUACACCCAAACCCUUAGUAGGACAUAGACCACAAUGCAAAGAUGCAGAUACACAAGGG